GGGCUGGCAGCUGACUCUUCCAUCCGAAUCUUGGACUCUUGGCGUCACCAAUAUUUACUUAUGGAAAUAAAGGGGCGUGGCCUUGGCGGGAGAGGCGGGUGGAGGAGGGGUCUGGGGCCUGGGGGCUCUGACCGCCUCAGAGCACCAGAAACCUUGUCUGCUGUGAUCAUUAACCUUUCUGGAAAACGCAGCUAGCUCUGCUCUGAGGUCUGUCUUUAGAAUGUGAGGAGAGCCACACAGAUACCGCACAGACUCUUCAAAGAGGGGUUACCUUGUGAGCUUUCGCUCCACUGUAGAGUGGCAGAAAAAUGAGAUUUCACCAGUUCUUUCUUCUAUUUGUUAUUUUUAUGAUGAGUCUUCUACUUAUCCACGGACAAAGACAAGCUAAUUUGGCAAUGAGAAGAAAAUUGCACAGACACAACUGCCUUCAGAGGAGAUGCAUGCCUCUCCAUUCCCGAGUGCCCUUCCCCUGAGUAUAGAUCUUCUCUAUGUAACUUCACUGAGUCUGUCAGAAGAAGACUGAAGGAAAAGAUACCCACCCACAUGAUACUGUGAUUGUUUGGAAGUUCCUGUAUGGAAAGGAGUUUAUUACUGGCAUAGUUUAUUGGUUUCACCUGGAUUCUCUUCUGCCUGGUUCUCCUGUAGGGGGAAAAUAGCAAAUUCAAAUACAAUUCCAGUCUGAAGUAUAAUUACUUGCUUGCAUAGCAAAUUUUUUUUGUCUUUUUCUGCACAUUGUUAUUCUUACUUGGUUUAAGAAGAAAAACCAUUUAAUGUUUUAGAACUUUAUAAUAGUAAAAUAUACACAAGUUUAAAAUUGUUCUUUCCUAUUCUCAUAAUUUUCCAAAGGUAUUAAAAUUACUUUGUAUAUGUA